AUGCCGGCCGUCGCGGAGGACUGGUGCCCGCCGUCCGACGACGCAGAGGCGAUCGAGCUCUCGCCGCUAGACGAGCCGCCGCCAGACAAGCCCGCCGCGCCGGACGGGCUGCGCGCCAGCGUCCAGUCGGACGCGUCGCUCGCUUCGCCGGAGAGGACCGAGUCCAAGGCGCUGCUCUUCUCGACCUCCGCGCGCAAGGGCAAGCCGUCGGGCGGAGAGGGCGGCAGCCUCGCCCGCGCGGGGAGCAGAGCCUUCCGCGCGCUCGAGGAGGACGGCGAGGCGGGAGGCGAGGCCGAGGUCGAUUUUGGGGAGCUGCCGACGAAGGAGUCGUCGCAGCGGGACAACAGCGACGGAGAGGACAGCGAUUUGGACGAGUAG